AUGUUCCAGCUGGCCCUGCGCUUUGUGCCCGAGAACGAGGACGCGCAAGAAGAGGUCGCGCGGCUCCAGGGCGUCGUCUCCGAGCUGCCGGAGGAGGAUGCGCCCCAGCCGCCGGCGAACCACCCCGAGCCCUACGACGUCGUCGUCGUCGGCGCGGGCGCCGCGGGCGUCGGCGUCGCGCUCAUGCUCACGGGCGUCUUUGGCCUCGACGCGGGCCGCGUGCUCCUCGUCGAGCGCGGCGGCGCCGUGGGCGAGACCUUCCGCCGCUGGCCCAAGGAGAUGCGCUUCAUCUCGCCGUCGUUCAACAGCCAGGGCUGGACCCAGUCCUUCGACCUCAACUCCGUCGCCUACGGCACGUCGCCCGCGUUCACGCUCCACGCGGAGCACCCGACGGGCGCGCAGUACGCGCGCUACCUCGAGGCCCUCGCGGAGACGAACGAGCUCAACGUCCGCGCGGGCACGGAGGUCACGGCCGUCACGCCCCGCGACGGCGGCUUCGACGUCGCCGUCGUCCCCGCGGCCGGCGGCGUCCCGGCCGUGAUCAAGACCCGAUACGUGGUCUGGGCCGCGGGCGAGUUCCAGUACCCCCGCGCGUCCGCGGAGCCCCUCUUCCCGGGCUCCGAGCUCUGCCGCCACAACUCGAGCGUGCGGUCUUGGAAGGAGCUCGAGGGGGACGACUUCGUCGUCGUCGGCGGCUACGAGAGCGGCAUGGACGCGGCGUCGAACCUGUCGCUCUGCGGCAAGCGGUGCACCGUCGUCUCGUCGACGGCCUACUGGGACGUGUCGACGGAGGACCCGUCGAGCGAGCUUGCGCCCUACACGGCGCAGCGCGUCCGCGCGGCCUGCGCGUCCGCGACGCCACCGAAGCUCCUCGCGCCGCUCCGCGUCUUCGCCGUCGACGCCGCGGCCGGCGGCGGCUUCGCCGUCCGCGCGCGCUGGGGCGACGCCCUGCGCACGCCGCAGGCGCCUCUGCUCUGCGCGGGCUUCGAGGGCGGCGUCAAGCUCGGCAAGAAGGGCGGCGGCUGCGCCGACGGCGCGCCGCUCCUCAACGAGUACGACGAGAGCACGACGACGCCGGGCCUCUUCCUCGUCGGCCCCGCGGUCAUCCACGGCGACCUCUCCUUCUGCUUCGUCUACAAGUUUCGCCAGCGCUUCGGCGUCGUCGCCGACGCCAUCGCGAGGGGCCUCGGCCGCGAGACCGGCGGCGCUGUAGAAGCCGCGCGCUGUGUGGAAAUCAACCAGUGGAACGCCCUGUCCAGCAAAAACUUCAAACCACUCUAUCUCGAUCAAAUCGAAGUCGAUUCGGCUGAUUCUUGGACGAAUCGAUUGCUCUCGUCGAGUUACCGAAGCACAGCCGAAGAGCUUGCAUCGAAACUGUCGCAUACGCGCACGUUGAAGUCGGGUUGA